AUCAUGUAUCAUGAUGAAUCCGACACUUACUCUGCCGUCAAGUCCCCGUCCAUUUAUCUACCCCCACUUGGGGCUACCCUAAAUGACAUAUCCUAAUUGGACCCGAUGAGCCACUUCAGCAUUUAUGCAGUCCCCUCGCAAGCCUUCCAGCAAGGACCCGCCGCACAAGACAUGGAGUGGAACGACCCACAACUCUUCAAAGACCUCAUCCCGGUAAGGGGCCUCGCCAUGGCCUCUGUCCCUGGCCAGAAGGCGCCGCAGACCCAGCACGAGAUGCCACAGUGGCGGCCCACUAAGGUCUAUCCACCGGAAAGGUACAUCGCCGGCGCCGUUCAGACCGUCUUCCACGGUAUCUCCAGGCUGCCUAUGGUGGCGCGUGUUACUUUGGCCGACUAUCGCGGAUUUAUCCUCUACGACACCUAUGUCCGCCCAACCCUUACCACAGAGCACGCACAUAGCCAGCCAGUGAGCGACUAUCGCACAGCCGAGACAGGCUUGACCGCUGGCCAUCUUGCCGGAGCGCCGCCCUUUCCUGAAGUCCAACAAAGGGUGGCAAUGAUGCUCCGCGGCAAAAUUCUCGUUGGGUACGCUCUGUGGGAGUUCCUGUCGGUCAUGGGACUCUCGCACCCCGCCAUCGACACGCGCGACAUCGCGCUCUUCCUUCCCUUCCGGCGCAGCCUGCGCUACAGGCCCAACGUCCAGGUCCCGCUUGUGACUCUCGUGAACAGCUUCAUGGGCAGAAACAUCGGUCUCCAUGGCGACAUCCCCGUCGAACACGCCCGCGCCGCGCUCGACCUCUUCAGGUCUUGCGAGCAGGUCUGGGAGGGUGUCAUCGCCGCGGGCUCCUGGCCCUGUGCCCUGCCACCGGAUGCGUAUGCGAAUUGCUUCAAUUGA